AUGGAUGAAAUAGUUGCCGAGUUUGUCAAAAGGACCAUCUUGAAAAUCCCGAUGGCUGAAAUGACAACAAUCCUGAAAGCCUGGGACUUUUUGUCUGAAAAUCAACUGCAGACUAUAAACUUCCGGAAGAGAAAGGAAUCUCUUGUUCAUGACUUGGUUAUGCUUUGUGAGGAGAAGCAUGCGAGUGUCAAUGAUGCUGCCCUUUUAGACAUUAUUUAUACUCAAUUUCAUCAGCACCAGAAAAUUUGGGAUGUUUUUCAGAUGACUAAAGAACCAGGUGAAGAUAUUGACCUUUUUGAUAUGAAACAAUUCAAAAGUUCAUUUAAGAAAAUUCUUCAGAGAGCCUUAAAAAAUGUAUCAGUCACCUUCAGGGAUACUGAGGAGAAUGCAGUAUGGAUUCGAAUUGCCUGGGGAACACAGUAUAAAAAGCCAAACCAAUACAAACCUACUUACGUGGUGUACUAUUCCCAGACUCCGUAUGUCUUCAUAUCUUCUUCCAGGCUGAGGAGCAGCAUUCCCCUUCUGGGUCAGGCACUGACAGUUGCUAGCAAACACCAUCGGAUUGUGAAAAUGGACUUCAGAAGCCGAUAUCUGGACUCUCUUAAGGCUAUUGUGUUUAAACAGUAUAAUCAGACUUUUGAAACUCACAACGCCUCUACACCUCUACAAGAAAGAAACCUUGAGCUAGAUAUAAACAUGGAUUCAAGGAUCAUUCAUGAAAACAUAAUAGAAAAAGACAGAGUACAAAGAGUGACUCAAGAAAUUUUUGGAGACUCUCCUCAACCAAGACUAGAAUUUGCACAAUAUAAGCUUGAAACGAAAUUCAAAAGUGACUUAAAUAGGGGCAUCUUGGCAGAAAGAAAAGAACCUCUCCGGUGCCUAGUAAAGUUCUCUAGCCCGAAUCUUCUGGAAGCAUUGAAAUCCUUAGCACCAGCAGGUAUUGCAGAUGCACCACUUUCUCCAUUGCUCACUUGCAUACCCCAAAAGAGAAUGAAUUAUUUUAAAAUUAAAGAUAAAUAA